AUGUCUGGCCAGGCUAAUUUAGCAAGUGAAAAAACGAGCGGGAUAGCAACAACGACCUCUAAAAAGCCGGUGCCGAAAUUUGGUACACUAGAACGACCCAAGGCUACUGAAGACGACGGAAAAUUGAAAAAUGUUGGCAUCAAGGCGGGGGUUCCGUUUGUGCUGUUUUCAGUCUUAGCAGCGUGGGUCGUGAGCAACGCCUUGGACGGGAAACUCAAAGAGAUGGAGGUUUCACAGGGAAAAUCUUCCAAAAGCUUGCGGCAAGCGAAAUUGGAAGUGGAACAUGACGAAAUGCUGGAGCGCCUCAACAAAAUUGUGGCCAAGGACUUUGACAAUACAAAACGAAUAAAGCGACCACAGGAGGUUCUGGAAGAGCGCAGGUUGGAACGAGAACGACGUAAUCGAUGGUAUCGGCGUCUAUAUCGCUGGGUGAUGAGAAUCCCAGAGGAAGCUGAACUUAACGUCAAUAAAAAUUCGCGAAAAUAA